UGUGCCAGUAGAUGGUGGUGCCGGGGGAGCUGCGCGGUCUCCCGCACCUCUUCCUCCUGCCGCUUCUUUGUUGUUGGGCCGGAAGCGGGGCUCGGCCGUGGAGACGGAGAUGGUGACAACAUGAAUCCACUCACAAAAGUGAAGCUCAUCAAUGAGUUAAAUGAAAGAGAGGCAGAACUAGGCAUUCAAGACAAAGUCUCCUGGCACUCAGAGUACAAGGAAAGUGCGUGGAUCUUCCUGGGUGGCUUGCCUUAUGAAUUAACAGAAGGGGAUAUUAUCUGUGUGUUUUCACAGUAUGGGGAGAUUGUUAACAUCAAUCUUGUUCGAGACAAAAAGACCGGGAAAUCAAAAGGCUUCUGCUUUGUCUGUUAUGAAGAUCAGAGGAGCACAAUUUUAGCUGUGGACAACUUUAAUGGAAUCAAGAUUAAGGGAAGGACAAUCCGUGUUGACCAUGUGGCCAAUUACCGCCCUCCAAAGGAUGGAGAUGAUAUUGAUGAUGUGACAAGAACACUGAGAGAGGAAGGCUGUGGACCAAAAGCACCUCUUCCAGCAUCAGCAUCCUCUGAGUCCUCUGACGAGAUUGCUAGUGAGGUGCCAACUAAAAAACGGAAAAAAGAAAAGAAAAAGAAGAAAAAGAAAGAAAAAAAAGAGAAAAAACUCAAGUUGGAAAAGGAGGAACAAGGCUCCAAGCAAUUCGCCAACUAUAGCCGAAAUCAUUCGCCUCCACCAUCAGUAAGAGUCAAGAGAGAAAGAGAGGACGCGGGAUAUGAGAAGUAUGCCAAUACAAACCGAGACAGUCAUGGAGACCGCAGUAUUGACCAAAGAGGAAUAACAAAUGAAAGAAGGCACUCAGAUGGAGCAGAUGAAAUGAGAAGUAGAGAGAAAUGGAAUGAGAGAAGUCAGUCUAGGAACUUGGAGAGGGAUGAAAAGCGAAAAAAUGAUCAAAAUAGUCGAGGAUCUUGCAAUGAAAGGUCAUCUAGAGAUUCAAGGUGCAACUACAGUGACGUGAGAGAGGCAAGACACGACGAGGAAAGGCAGAGUUAUCAGCGUGAGAAAAUGCGAAGAGAAGAGAGAUUUGAAAACAAGUAUGAUGACCGAGACAAGUACAGGAAGAAUGAUCGCAACAAGAGAGAGGAGAGGGAUUCAGACUGUGAGAGUACCAAGAGCAAAGAGAGGAGAAAUAAGCACAACAAUAGCAGUCGUUAUAAAGAAAGAGACGAUUACAGGGACUGAUCAUAACAAGCUAAUGAAAAGCUUUCUGCAGAUAAACUGAAUCUCAUUUUACCAUUUGAAGUCAAAUCAAUUGUUCAGUGUUAUAUUUUAAUCCAAGUCCCAGUAAGCAGAAAUAAAAAGAUUGUUCUGAAAUUUCCUGCUUUCCUAUACUCUGCAUUUCCUGACAAUUUCUCUGUAUGUUGAGAAUAUUUUUUUCCGAUAUCAAGCAACAUGAAAGAUCUGCUAAUGCUACAUGGCCUCUCCUUUAAAUAAGGUUUGAAGAUAUCUAUUUGAUGACUUGUUUAAACAUAGUAUUUAAAUAUUUUCUUCCAAUUUCCACCCCUUAAAAUCCUCCUGAUUGGUGGCCCAGGAGACACUAAAGCAACGGCAGCAUCCCAACUUCAUCCAGUUAAGAUCAGUUAACUCAACAAAGAUUUAGAAUUGGCCAACAUGGCUGCACUCCACACAGGCCAUGCAUUUAUCCACUGGAUUCUGUAACUUUCUAACUGUACUAAUGUCACAUUUCUGAUAUUCAUAAUACUAGGUUGUAUAGAAAAUAGUUCCAUUAAUAAAUCUAAUGUGAGCAUGUCACUGUUGUCUUCAAAGGGUUUAAUGUGUUCAACAUAUCUGUAAAUAGACAAUGACAAGAAUGAUCGAAGAAUAUUAGAACCUUCUCCGGAAAACUUUUCAUCAUUUUUGAUUCCAUUUUGUGUUGUUGCUGAUGUCGUAUUCUGCAAUGGAUUUUCAGGAUUUAAGGAUUUGGACCAGCAUAAACAAUGGAUUGUCUACUUUCUCUGUAGGUAGAGAAUUAUCAAAUAAGUAAGGCUUAUGAACUCUCUCUUCUGUGGACUAAACACCAAAGGUGUAGCUGUGCAUAUAAUACAUUGCACAGGAACUCAAUGACAUGAUAUUUCAAGAUACAGUUUAUUUCCUGAAUUCUUCAUUGUUUCUCCACUCCAUCGUGAUAUCCUGCCUCAGGCCAAUUAUACCUGUGCAAGGUAAAGCUUUUGUCUGCCCAUAAUUAAAAGAGAAAGUUGGCUUGAUCAAAGAGUUGUGCAUGAAGGUUGUGGGGCUUUUAUUUAAGUACUGCCCUCCUGGGACACUCACUGUUCAAUGAAUAUCUUUUAAAUGGAGCUGUUGCCAGCUUGGAGAUGCCAAGUAGGUUGAUAAGACUCUUUGAAUUGGUUGCCCACUUACUCAGCUUUCUUUCCCAUUUAAGUAAAUACUUCUUAAUACUCAAAUUGGAUUGUUGUUCAUGAAUUCUCAUUCAUUGGCUGUAAAAGGAUCUUCUGGUACAUUUUUUCCUUAGUUUAUUUAGACCAUUAUAUGCCACCUACAUUCCAAGGCUCCCUUUCCUGUGUAAGGGUUGCCUACUAUGACCUAGAAGGAACUAAGGUUGUCCACCCUAUCAUUGUCACUUUGCCACUGAGAUGGUAGUUUCCUUAAAUUGCUGUAGCUGAUAGCUAAAUAUGCAUUUAGCUAGUGAUUAACUUUCAGGUGAUCAACAACUAAAUAAAACGUGAUGCUCCAUUUUUCUGGUAUGCUUCACUGCAUUUUGACGCAAACUGGGAGGGGCGCUGCCCCUCACUGCUUUCCAUUCCAUGUUAGGAGGGAGUCCCCGAUGCUGGGUUCAGCUGUAUCACAGAAAUCAGGUUAGAAACCCGAAACCGGGUUACUCCAAACUUACUGAACUGGCAGUGUUGGUGGUUGGAUUCACAUUGGUGAGUCAGUAAUACUGUCAGUUACCCAAAUGUUAUUUACAUUUUGACACAGAGCCCUGCACAUCUGAGGUUGGUGUCAAAGCACUUUUCCAUUAAAACCUGUAACAAUUUGGCCAAACCCUGAAUUAUUGUUUUAUUUACAGCUGAGAAGCAGCCCCUGCACUUCAACAGCAGAAGCUAAGACAGAGUAGGUAUAUUUGAAAGGAUAUGUUUUAUCUAAAUGAGUGAUGUUUUUACAAGGAGAUUAUGUUUAAGUACAUUUAUAAACUAGCUGUCAGAAUUGAAGCACUGAUGCUUCAUGGAUGAAAUCAUUUCAAAAUACUCUUCAUGAAUAUUUUAAGUGUCCCAUGUUCCUGCCUACUUCACUAUAAGACAGUGCUAAAAAUAACAAUGUGUUGCUUAUUGUUUUGUUGAAAAUUAUUUUGUGGCAGAAUAAUACAGCAUGGAAACAGGCCCUCGGCCCACCAUGUCCACCGCAAGCAUCAAGCACUCCUACACUAAUCCCAUUUGUUUUCUCUUGCAUCCCUAUCAGCUCCCCACUCCUGCCUAGUUGCACUGUUUUAUGGACAUUUUGCAGUAAAGCCGAUCAUUUUGAGUAGAAACUCAGGUUGGGAACAUUUUAAAGGGGUGCAAGUUUUGAAUGCUAUUUGCCGUCAAAGCAGAAUUUCCGAGCCAGAGGGUUCUUCAGCCAAGUUUGCUUAUAAUACUAGGUGUUGUAAAUGGUGUAGUUAAGCACAGAAUAUUGGUAUGUUAACAGCUUAAUACGAAGGUGGAAUAUUGGGAACACUAGAACUCUGAAAUAAAAAACAGAAGAUAGUGAUUAAUUCAGGUCAAUGACUGAAGCAGCCAUUCAUAUCUAUCCCCAGGCCCUUUUGCACUAGCCACUCACCUUUUCCGGGUUAAUUAGCUGCAUCUGACUGACAGUGUUUGCCUGCAGAGCUCAUAUUAGAUUAGAGGUUAACUGAUUUAUGGCAUCUUUAUGCAAUUUUCUGGAUAUAUUUAGCAUUAAUUUGUUUGUAAAGAGGGAUCCCUGUUGACAGAAACAAAAAAUAUUUGAAAUAUACAGUGGAUCAGUCAAUCUAUAUCUGAGUGAGAAACAAACUGCACAAUGUUGCAGGCAGGAUAUAAAUGGAAAAUAUUAUAAGUACUUAGUGAAUCAGGCAGGGUCUCAAGAGAGAGAAACAGUUAAAGUUUCAGGCUAAUGAUUUCUUAUUAUAGAUAAGGUGUUCUUCAACAAUGAAGAAAGGCCAUACUUAGAACAUUAUCUCAUCUUUGGAUCCAAGAGCACUGAUUUAACUGACUUGGGUGUUUCUAAUGGUUUCUGGUUUUAUUAUGGAUGUCCAGUAUUUGCAGCUGUUUACUUCCUGAUUCAUAAGAAUGCAUUUGACUUCAUUUUAGUUCAGCCAAAUAUUUUGAGGUCUGCUGUUGUUUACAGUUUUACAAAGCCAGAUCCUGCUUUUGUUAUAAGGUAAUUACAAAAUGUUGGACUGUUUCAUUGCACAUUUAAUGACUUAAAAGCAUAGUUUUAACAAAUGUAUGAUGAACAUCAUGUAACAUCAACAAUAGAAUUUUUGUGAAUAUUAAGAAAAACAAAGUGAAUUAAACAUUAAUAAUGUAUGAAACAGAUUAUAACAGUUGUUAUCAUUUCACAUAGGUUCCUUGGUAUGUCUUCGCUUACUAUUAAUAUUGUGAUUAAAUUUGUAUAG